AGAGAGAGAGAGCGUGCUGUGUGCUUAUUGCAGAGAGGAGCUACUAUACUCUGCUCCCAGCUUACUGACAGUAGCUCUUGGAUUCAGGCUGCUACACCCAGGAGCCCUGUCCCUUCAGCACCAUCAGCCCGAAGCUCUUGAUCGAGGGAAAAUCAGCCCUGCUCCUCAGAUUGGCCUGAAUCUGGCCUGACCCUUCAAGCGUGGUUUGCAGUCUGGGAAGUGAGACACCAGAAUGGUGAAGCUGGGGAGUAAUUUGAGUGACAAGAACAGCAAACAACCUUCUGGUGAGGACGGCUUUCAGACUGUUCCUUUGAUAACACCCUUGGAAGUAAAUCACCUGCAGUUUCCUGCUCCAGAAAAGGUGAUUGUGAAGACAAGGACAGAAUACCAGCCUGACCAGAAGAAUAAAGGAAAACUCCGGGUGCCGAAAAUUGCUGAGUUUACAGUCAGUUUUACUGAUGGAGUAACAGAAAGAUUAAAGGUCACUAUUCUGGUCAGCCUGGCUCUGGCAUUUCUUGCUUGCAUUGUAUUUCUGGUGGUUUACAAGGCUUUCACCUAUGACCACAGCUGCCCAGAUGGAUUCGUUUAUAAGCAUAAGCGCUGCAUCCCAACCUCCCUGGACGCCUAUUACUCAGCACAGGACUCCAGCUCCCGGGGCCGGUUCUACACUGUCAUAAGCCACUACAGUGUGGCCAAGCAGACCAGCUCCAGGGCCAUCGCACCCUGGCUCUCGGCAGCAGGACCUAUAAACCACGAAUCAAAGGCUGUGAAGACGGAUGGCCACUAAAGAUGCCCACCAGUGGGGGAAAGAGAAGGGAAAGGGAGGGGGGAGGGGGGAGGGAACAGGGGCUUGGCAAAACCCAUGCUCCAGGUACCUGACAACACCGUGGAACCCAGGGUUCCACAGAGAGAGAGAAGUAAGCCUAAAUGAUGAACACACAGGAGGAGUUUGAAUCGAUAUUUACUUUGGUCCAUUGUUAUUCUUGUUGAUUUGUAACUAACUGAGUUGAGCUCUUGUAUAAAGGCAUGUUUGGUGUUGAUUGUUACGAUGUAAAAUAUUUUUCAAAACAUUGCUUACUAUUUGUUAGGGGAAAAAAAACAAACAAAAAAAAACACAAAAUGAAAUAAAAACAAGUCACUCUCCCAGAACCCUGACCCAAUCCCAGUGACGCCAAGAGAAAUGGAAGGAUCUCCUAAGGUUCAAUUGAGGAAGAGAAUAUGGCCAUGGCCUGGGCAGGCUCAGGAGAAUGGCUACAAAGCCAAUUUUCCAAUGUGUGUGGGGGAAAGGGUUUGGGAGGCAGGGGGCAAUUCUUCAUGCCGUGUGUGCAGUAAGGUGAUCUGUAAUCUUUUGUCUAGACCUGGAUGGGCCUGGCCUCUCUGCUCAUAUAAAACACAGGGCCCGGGGAGGUAACUUAAAGAAGUAAGCUAAGGGUGAUAGUGGGAGUAUUUUUAACUUGAGUUAGUGACUGGGAAAAGCUUACCCACUUAUCUAGUUGUGGGAAGACUUUGUGGCUUGUCGUAUAAAUUGAUCUCUUCUCUAAGUGAAUUGAAGUUUUUGUCCCCUUAGAUAUUCUCUAAAGAGCCCUUGGUACAGAUUCUUAAACCUGGCUUCUUUCUGUUUUCAGUAUUCAUUCCACAUCGAGGCCAGAUUUUGCACAUAUGUCUACUGGGGACUAGAUAUUAUUAUUGACCUGUUAUUCUGCUAAGCCUCCCAUCUGCUAAUUUGUCCUGGGCAGGCCACGGUCAAGCCCACGUGCCAUAAAUAGGGCAUUCAUUAUAGGAAAAAAGAGUUAGGUUAGCAAGGUUGAAAUGUAAGAUAGGGCUUCUCAGUCAUCUCUAACAGGCCAUUAAGAAAGGGUAUAACAGAAGAGGCCACGGUUUGGUGAAGCUAUCAGUACCAUUAUACUCAGCAACUACAUAGAGAAAAUAGUAUAGUGAAACUGUAAUGCCAAAAGCUAACAGCUGAUUUUCUGUCCCCAUCAUGAUUCACCUGUAAAUUCAUCUGUCACUAGAAAUGGGAAACAAACAAAAAUUGACCCCCAGCAAAGUGCUGAAUAAUUUAUAAUUUUGUGGCGUAUUUUUGUCAGUAGGUAGCCAAGACUGAAGUAUUUUUUGGUGUAAUUCUUGAACUUUUCUGCGAAGAAAAAAAAUAAAGAUAGAUGUGUCUGAGAGUCCUCA